GUGUGAGUCGAGGUGAGCUGGCUGCAGUACUAUCAUGAACAUGCAGACGGGAGAAAAGAAAAAAACAUGGGACUCAAGUCGUUUUAGGGGAGAGAACAUGACAUUCUGGCCGAGGAGUCACCCUGUCAUGUUUCCACAUCUCCAGACAGACCACUGGAGCAAAAUGAAAACAAUGGUUCCAGUUUAUUUUGCAUCAGUUCCAGCUGCCUUGUUGAAGGACAGAGUGUAUGAAUCACAUGAAGGUGCUCUAAACCAUACCCCCAGCAGCAGCCUGUUGCCUCCAUUGAUUCUGGAUGAAACUGCAGUUAAUGAUCCGGUUCCCUCCAUGGUGCAAGCAUACGGUGUGAAUCAAAAUACACCAAAUACCUCACCUCAAAACAAGCCCCAGUUCAGGAAUGAGUUCAAUGACCGUGCCAGGAGGGGCUUCUGUUACUGGGUUAUUGAAAAGAAGGGCUCACCAUGUAAAGGAUACAGCUUUGGUGCCUACAAGACAUUUUUGGGAUUACCAAAAGUCUAACAAAACGUGUUACUUUCAUUUUUGUAACCUUCAUAUAUUUUUUAAAUCACUUAAAACCAUAUGAUUUUGAUACUCAGAGGGUAUAUUGUAAUUCAUCAUCUAUCACCUUACCAGAUUGUGUCUACACUUAAAAAACUGUUAAGACACCAUUUCCACUACCUGACGAAAUUCUGUUACUGUAUUUGAAGUAUUAAACUUGGGAAUACAUUUUUUGUGUGACUGCAAUAAUGUGCUUAGGGUAAUGUUUAAAAUACCUUAACUUACUAAGGUUACAUCUCAUAGGGAGUUGUUAAAUACAUUAUCUGACCCUCCACUCUAUGCAAGAAGGAAAUGUUCUGUUUUUUAAGUGCAGUUUUUGGCAUAGGGCAUGAUGACCACUGUUUUAAGUUAAUUUGUAGAUAUCUAGAAGGAAAUUGAGAUGUAUUGAGUACACAUCUUUUGUAUAGUAUCACUGUUCAGCAUUAAAUACUGCCUGUCUCACUUCUGACCACCUUUAAAAACAGGCUUAAAAUUGUAUAUUACCUGCUGCCUUCUAAAUUGUGUGUUUAUCGUUUUGUUGCUAUCUUGUCUUAUGUCUUUAUUUUCAUUUUUCAUAAUCA